AUGGCUCCGCUUAGCGAAUUCGAGGAAAAGCAGCUCGGGGGUAUGCCUAUACUUUCCGCGGCCCCCCCGCCUCCGCCUCCCGUCGAUGUCCAAGACCACCUUCCCCCUUCUGCCGAAAAGGGUGGGAAAGCCUCCCUCGAUGGCAAGGAGGCCUACUCCGAUUCAGAGAAGUCCUCGCUUGACCUUGACGAUGCGUCGGUGGUGAGACUCAAGGGCGAACCUGUGGUGACGACGGGGAAAGAUGUAUCCCGAUAUGUUGUCGACGUUCGGGAUGAUGGCGGGGAGGCCCUGACUUUCCGCUCUUUCAUCCUGGGUACUGUCUUCGCCGGGUUGGGCGCUGCGUUAUGCCAGAUAUAUCUUUUCAAGCCCGUGCAGAUGACCGUAUCGAGUGUCUUCCUUCUGCUGCUUAUCUACACAGCAGGGAAUGCCUGGGCAACUUUCCUACCCCGUAGUACCUGGGUCACUGGAACACGCUUUGCGUUUCUCAGCGGCGUCUUUCACUUCAUCAACCCCGGACCGUUCACACUCAAGGAACACGUUGUCUCGUCGCUGGUCGCUUCUACAGCGGCUGGUGGUAGCACUGCAGUGAUGAACUUCGCGGUGCAACGGCUUUUCUAUGACACGCAUGUUGGGGCAGCGACUGCCGUUCUGGCGACCUUCUCAACUGCAUGCUUUGGAUACGGACUAGUUGGCCUUUUGCGCCCUCUGACUGUUUAUCCCAGUGAAAUGGUGUAUUGGUUUAACUUGCCCACUGUCUCUGUUUUCCAAGCGCUACAUUUCGAUACGAGCGCCAACAAGAAGCGGUUGCGGGUGUUUUGGUUAUCUUUCACGGGCAUGUUUGUUUAUGAAGUCAUCCCCUCGUACAUCUUUCCGCUCCUCAACGGGUUUAAUAUCUUCUGUCUUGCCUCCCAACAUGCCCCUCAACGCACCCGAGACGUGUUCACGAAUCUUUUCGGAGGAUCGGACGGUAACGAAGGGUUAGGUUUUCUUAGCUUGAGCUUCGAUUGGCAAUAUAUUGGGUCUACCUAUAUGAGCUUGCCGCUCAUUCAACAAGCAAAUUCGUGGAUUGGAUAUGCCUUGUGCUACAUCAUACUCAUGGUUAUCUAUUACUCGAAUGCUUGGGGGGCUCAAUCCUUCCCCAUGCUGUCGUCCUCCAUCUUCUCUUCAAACGGCUCGCGAUAUCAACAGACGGCUGUAUUCGGCACGACAUUUACGCUCAAUGAAACUGCUCUUGAAGAAGUUGGCCUUCCGUCUUUAACCGGCUCAGACGUAUAUGCAAAUCUAACCGCAAACCUGGCCAUCGGUGGCUUGAUCGCCCAUUGCGUAUUUUUCUGGGGAGCUUAUGCUCGGGACUCGUUCAUAUCCGCCCGGAAUGGAACGCAAGCCGACCCACAUUACCAGGCAAUGAAGAAGUACAAGGAAGCUCCUUGGUGGUGGUAUGCCAUUUUACUGGUGCUGUCCUUCGUAGCUGGACUUGUCGUUGUACUUACUGGAGAAACGACGCUCCCGUGGUGGUCGUACAUCAUCGCUCUGAUUUUGGGCACAUUCAUCACCCCUUUCUCAACCCUACUCUUCGCGCGCAUGGGUAACGGCAUUGCAACGAACCAACUGAUGAAGAUGGUCGCCGGUGCCGUUAAUCCGGGAAGACCAGUCGCGAAUCUCUACUUCUCCAUGUGGAGUCACGACGUCGUCUCCACUUCGAUUUCUCUUGCUGGAGACCUCAAGAUGGGACAGUACCUAAAGAUCCCUCCUCGCGUCAUGUUCCUCACCCAAGUUUGGGGUACGAUUCUUGGGGCGGCAAUCAAUUACGCUGUCAUGACUUCCGUUGUUGAUGCGCAAAGAGAGAUAUUGCUAGACCCCACUGGAACCAACGUUUGGAGCGGACAGGUACCUCAGAGCUUGAAUAGUGCAGCUGUCACUUGGUCACUCGCCAAACAACUGUAUAGUUUCAACGGACCUUAUUGGAUUGUCCCGAUGAGUUUGCUCAUUGGUAUGGUUCCGACUAUCAUCCAGUGGUUUAUUGCACGACGGUGGCCUAAAAUCGGGCCAAUCCAAGUCGAUAACAUUAUGCUUCCCAUCAUAUAUAUGGUGCGAUCUUUCGUCUCCACUGAAUUACGCCGUGCUGAGCCCAUUCCAGCCUUGGACGGUGGCGCUCAAAUAAUGAUCUUCAUCCUGUCGUUCGCUGUUUUCGGGGCCUCUGGUGCAUCACGACCAUUCCCGACGUGGGCUGGUAACCCGGCUCGCGGAAACGUUGAUUACUGUAACGGGAAUGGAGCACUUGAUGAUUGA